UACUUUAACUACAAGCGAAGCCUCAGAAACACACGACACAGAGCCAAGUUUCAGGGCUACAUGGAUAUAUCUGCGUAGUUUGCUUCGGAUUUGGAACUGGAAAGUCACGUUUAAGGGGAGGGGGAGACAGCUGACUCGCUGAAUGAUUUGUAAGUAAACUUGUUCUCCUGCACCGACCAGAGGAGACAGAAGCUCCAGCAGCGAGUAACAGGACCAUGAUGAUUCAUCUGUUUGUGCUCGUCAUUCGUCCAACUGUCUGCUGAGGCCGGUUUGAGACAAUCUUCCAGUCGGUGCAAUGGAUGAGAGUUUCUCCACCUUGAAACCCAGACGCAUCCAGAAUCAGAACGUGGUCCAUCGCCUGGAGCGAAGGAGGAUCUGCUCGGGGCGUCCCGGAGCUCACUGGUACCGGGUGCGCUGCUUCCACCAGAACCUGUUUCCUAACUUCACUGUGGUCAACGUGGAGAAGCCACCCUGCUUUCUUAGGAAGUUUUCACCAGACGGUCGCUGGUUUAUCGCCUUCUCCUCGGAUCAGACGUCCUUAGAAAUAUAUGAAUACCAAGGCUGCCAGGCGGCUCAGGACCUGCUGAGGGGUCAGGAGGGGGAGACUCUUCUAACAGCCAAUGACCAGCGCUCCCUCAACAUCAGAGGGCGCCUGUUUGAGCGCUUCUUCUGUCUGCUCCAUGUCACUAAUGUGGCCUCCAACGGAGAACACUUAAACCGGGAGUGCAGCCUAUUUACAGACGACUGCCGCUAUGUCAUUGUUGGUUCUGCCGUAUAUGUGCCUGAAGAGCCUCCACCGUACUUCUUUGAGGUGUAUCGUAACAACGAGUCGGUGACCCCCAACCCCCGCUCUCCUCUGGAAGAUUAUUCUCUCCACAUCAUUGAUCUCCAUACGGGAAAGCUGUGUGACACCAGGUCGUUUAAGUGUGACAAAAUAAUCCUGUCACACAACCAAGGUCUCUAUCUGUACAGGAACAUCCUGGCUGUGCUGUCGGUCCAACAGCAGACGAUUCACGUGUUUCAGGUGACUCCAGACGGAACAUUUCUGGACGUGAGGACCAUCGGCCGCUUCUGUUACGAGGACGAUCUCCUGACUCUUUCAGCUGUUUACACGGAGGCCCAGGAAGAGAGCCGGCCCGGUUUUCCCCGCCUUUACACCGACAAAACCAUUAACUCGCUCAAGCACAGGCUGCUGGUCUACUUAUGGAAGAGGGCUGAGCAGGACGGCAGUGCCACGGCCAAGAGGAGGUUUUUCCAGUUUUUUGAUCAGCUGAGAAGGCUGAGGAUGUGGAAGAUGCAGCUGCUGGACGAACAUCACCUCUUCAUUAAAUACACCAGCGAGGACGUGGUCACGCUCCGAGUCACCGACCCCUCCCAGCCGUCAUUCUUCGUCGUGUACAACAUGGUGACCACCAAGGUGCUGGCUGUCUUUGAGAACACCUCCGACCAGCUGCUGGAGCUGUUUGAGAACUUCUGUGACCUCUUCAGAAACGCUACCCUGCACAGCCAGGCGGUGCAGUUCCCCUGCUCCGCGUCGUCCAAUAACUACGCACGGCAGGUCCAGAGAAGAUUUAAAGACACCAUCGUGAACGCCAAAUACGGCGGACACACUGAAGCGGUGCGGCGGCUCCUCGGCCAGCUGCCCAUCAGCGCCCAGUCGUACAGCAGCAGCCCUUAUCUCGACCUCUCCCUCUUCAGCUACGAUGACAAGUGGGUGUCCGUGAUGGAGAGGCCCAAAACCUGCGGAGACCACCCCAUUAGGUUUUACGCCCGAGACUCUGGUCUGCUCAAGUUCAAGAUCCAGGCGGGCCUUCUGGGGCGGCCCAUCAACCACGCCGUGCGCCGCCUGGUCGCCUUCACCUUCCACCCAUUCGAACCUUUUGCCAUCUCUGUCCAGCGCACCAACGCGGAGUACGUGGUCAACUUCCACAUGAGACACGUCUGUGCGUGAUGGACACGUGUACAAGAGGUGUCACACAUGGACAAAGCGCAGACCUGUUGGGCUUCUGUAAGUAGCUGCCGGUAACAAUAUAUGUUCUCCUGAAGAGACCGCUGCUCCUUUCUACUUCCUCUCAGCAUCACACCGCCGCCCCUCCACCUCCGCCGCAGCAAGACGGCAGCAAUUCUGCAUUUUCCUUUUAACCUCCUCUUCCCCCUUCCGUCUGCUGAACAAAGAGGAUCCUGGAGGCAGGAAAGGCUGGAAUAAGUGUAAAUGGAGAUGUAGGGAGAGUGAUUGAUGUGGCACGGAGGUGGGAGCCGCAGGUAGCUGCAGCUCUAAGAGGGAACCACAAGUCUUUUCUUUUCCAUUCUUGUCACAAUCGCUUGUCCAGUUGGACUUCAGCCAGCUGCCCUACACACGUUCUUUCUUUAACCCCCUGCAUGGAUUGAUUUUAUAUUUUUACUUCUUUGUGUUUUUUACAUUUGACUGUACAUAUUCUGUGCCAAUAAAAUAAAAAUGUCCAAAUCUU